GUGAGAGGGAGGAAGGAAAUAGUUUGCUAGUUGAACUGUGGCUCAAUGUAAAUCUAUAGCAGUGCAAUACGGACACUUUAUAAAGAGUGUAUCCUAUUAUUCUAGCCUAUUUUGUCUUGUCUGUCAACUCUUAUACAAUGUAGUCCUGAAAAGUUUGAGUUAAACUUAGUGACAUAGAUUAUGGUCAAAGAGCCUUUUGUUUUUUAUUAAAUAGGAACUUAAAAGGAUCUGGAAAAAGCAGAAGCAACCCACCAAAAUAGGAAAUGAGCAUAACAGUCACACACAACUGCUGCAAAACGCCAUCAGAAAAUCUAUAAUAACAUUUGAAAUAUAAAAAAAUAGACUUACGAAUCACCCAAGAAGUCAUGGAAUUGAAUGGAGCCAUCAGUGGUUUCUGCGUGGAAGUUGGGGAAGACAUCUCCGAGCAGCAACCCCGGCAUCUUCUUCACAGCAGGCGAUCAGCGCGCAGGCGCAGUAACAGGAGUAAUGACAGGCUGCGUUUGAAGGGGAACAGCGGGUGGGCGGUUCCCUCUGUUUGACCACUGUGCUGUGCACCACAUGGAACUAUAUUCGUUUGUCGAUUUCCAGUGAGGAAACCAUAGCUUGUUAUUUCAUAAACACAAGGGGCACUGGGUCAUCAUGAUUUUUGUUGAAUUGCAGUUUUUGUUCCAUGCUUAACUUUUAGUGCACGCUAUCGGGAAUAACAAUAACACUAUAACAACCAACAGAAACCCACAGUGUGGAAACGUUUAGAGAUGUCCUCUUGGUAGGCUACUGUAAUAGGGUUUAUUUCCGUCCUGUAUAGUGCGUCUCCUCGGUGUCCCACGUGACCAGACCGGCCCAGGGCAGAAUUAAUCAGAAUUUAAUUUUAUUUCUCCGGACCAUGUCGCCUCUCUCUGGACGCCAACGUUUUACGCGCAACAGACUGAACAAGUGAUACAAUUCAAUUUCGAGCGACUUUUGGUGAAAGUUUGUGAGGAACAAACAUGAUCAACACUAGGAGGAACAGUUGUCGUGGAAGUAUUUCUGGAAACAGUGGCCCAGCGACUCACUGUAGAUAUGAGGUUUCGACCUCUGCGCGCCGCCGGUCUCUGUCCGAGGGCCCUGCGCGCCGCAGGGGCUCCAGCUGCGCCUACUCUGUCUUUGGACCACCGAGCGACGAUUACGCGUCAAGUCUGAAACAGACGAUAUUCACCAUCACGAUCCGGUUCAUGUUGGCAGUGGAUUUGUGGAUCUCAAAGAAACUGGGCGUGUGUGCCUGCGAGGGGUCUUCUUGGGGGGGGAUUCGGCCCCUGGUGAGACUCGUGGAAAUCUCUGGACACGGGAUCCCCUGGUUUAUUGGCACACUGUACAGUCUCCUGCGUGGGGAGACCAUCGCGGAGAAGGAGAUCAUGUUGAAUCUCGCUUUCGCUCUGCUGCUGGACCUUCUGCUGGUCAGAGUGGUGAAGAGGUUUGUUCGACGCCGUGUCCCGCCGCAGACCCGCUCCGACAUCUUCUCCUCCUUCUUCGUGGAGCGCUACUCCUUCCCGUCGGGCCAUGCGUCACGGGCCGCCAUGUGCGCCCGCUUCAUCCUGGUGCAGCUGGCGGACACAACGGCCAUGCGCGUGCUGGUGCUGGGCUGGGCGGUCGCGGUGAGCCUGUCCCGCCUGCUGCUGGCCAGACACUACGUGACGGACGUCGGCUUCGGGCUGGCGAUGGGCUACUGCCAGUACAGUGUGGUGGAGAGACUGUGGGUGACACGGGACCUCCUGCUGGACCUCCUGCUGACGCUACUGGGACGGCUGGCGGGGAUCAUAACCUAUAUAACAGAGCUAUACAUCAGAUAAAGAGAUGAAGAACAGAUAAAGAACCCAAGUAACAGAUAAAAGAAUGUAUAUAACAUAAAGGAAGUUAUAUUACCGAUAAAGAACCAAUAUAACAGAUACAGAACCUAUAUAACAGAAAAAUAAGUUAUAUAACAAAUAAAGAAAGCCUAUUACAGGUAAAGGAAAGUAUAUAAAAGAAAAAGAUAGAUGCAAAAACACACGAUAUUUACAUAUCUGGCAUUCAAUAUCCACUUUAGUCAAAUUAAUAUUUUUUUCUUAGCUGUAUGAUUAGUUCUGGUCCCAUGUGUGUGUGAGCAGACCCCAGCCAUUGAGGAGGAGGAGGUCAUAGUAGGCCUAUUCAUUGGAGAUACAUACAGCAAUAUUCUACCACAAAGAUAUGAUCAUUUUAUUUUAUUCUGACUCCUGUCCUGCAGCAGGUUCCUGUUCUACAGUACAUAUAACAUAUAAAAGGAAAAAAGGCACAUCACACGUCAAAUUGACAUACAGCACGUAACAGGAACAUAGCAUGUCAGACAUCAGACUGAACACACACAGUGGUCUAUAAACCUUCAGUAUUUGCAAGUGUAGGUAUUGACGAGUAACAGUUGGUGCAUUUUUGGAACUGUGUGAUGGAUUGUAAUGCUCUAAUGUGUUGAGGGAUUCCCUUCCAGACUUUGGUGAAAGCAUGCAUGAAGGACCUCUGCCCAUAGCCAUUAUGGUAUGCAGGCACUGGGUGGAGCGCCAUGGCAACUCAUCUAGUGAAAUGCCCUUGGGGCACGUUUUGCAUUGGUAAGAGAGAGAUGAGUGUUUGUGAGGUACUGUGUUAGAGUUGAAAGUGAAAUCUGAUAGCAUGAGCGUGAGUUCAGUGCAGUGGUGUGUCCAUUUUGGAAGAUUACUGUGGAUCUUUGAAGCUUGGUUGUAUAGCCGUGCGAUUGGUUCAGUAACUUCCUCUGUGGUGAGAGACCGUAUUGGUAAACAGUAAGAAAUGUGAGAGAAUACAAUUGCCUGCAGGUAGGUUUCGGAGACAGUAGAGGAUAGGUAUGUUCUAAUAUUGUUAUAUACGUAUGGUUUCUGAUUUAACUUUUUAGUUGACUUGGAUAUAUGGUCCACGGUGUGUGAGGUGUGAGUCAAGUAACACAUCCAGACACUUAUAUGUUUUGGCGAUAGCAAGAUUUUGAGUUUAGAAUAAGAUAUGACUGGUGAAGGACAAAUGAUUUCUGGAUGAGUGGAAAUGUGUACAUUCAACAUUAAUGGUUAAGUGAUUCUCAUUCAACCACUGAUGCAAGUUUUGGAGAUCAGAUGACAGUUUGGAGUUUUUAAAAUGAUGUUGAUUGUUUUUGCCUGUUGGGUUAUCAAAGCAGGGCUUUAUUCUUUCAAUCUGCCUAUCAAAAUUAGCACGUGGACAAUUACGAAUCUUUGUGGUUGAAUAAGAAAUUGUGCGCAUGCGAGACAUGGCCUAAUUGCACAACACAGCCGCUUGCACCAGCCAAAGUAACUAGUGGACUUCCUUGGUCCAACUCGGUCCCAUAUAAUAGGCACUGGUGGCCUGGUAUGAAUGUUCACUAUAGUGCCCUGGUAUGACUGUUAACUUUAGUUCCCUGUUAUGACUGUUGACCAUAGUGCCCUGGCAUGACUGUUGACUAUAGUGCCCCGGCAUGACUGUUGACUAUAGUGCCCUGGUAUGACUGUUGACUAUAGUGCCCUGGUAUGACUGUUGACUAUAGUGCCCUGGUAUGACUGUUGACUAUAGUGCCCUGGUAUGACUGUUGACUAUAGUGCCCUGGUAUGACUGAUGACAAUUGCCCUGGUUUGACUGUUGACUAUAGUGCCCUGGUAUGACUGAUGACUAUUGCCCUGGUUUGACUGUUGACUAUAGUGCCCUGGUAUGACUGUUGACUAUAGUGCCCUGCUAUGACUGUUGACUAUAAUGCCCUGGCAUGACUAUUUACUGGUGGCCUGGUAUGACUGUUGACUUUAGUGUGCUGGUAAGACUGUUGACUAUAGUGCCAUGCUAUGACUGAUGACUGGUGCCCUGGUAUGACUGUUGACUAUAGUGCCCUGGUAUGACUGUUCUCUGGCCAUCAUGCCGCCCACAGAGCAAAGACCAGCAGGUGAGAGUGUCCUAGUAGACAUGCAGCCAUGCAGAGGCUAAAAUAAACCCACCCAGACCAAGAUAGUCCACAGAGAGCAUAGAUGGCUAAUAAGAGUGUGUGUAUGUGUGUGUGUGUGUGUGUGUGUGUGUGUGUGUGUGUGUGUGUGUGUGUGUGUGUGUGUGUAUGUGUGUUUGUGUGUGUGUGUGUGUGUGUGUGUGUGUGUGUGUGUGUGUGUGUGUGUGUGUGUGUGGUUCGUUUUCCAGACAGCGAUUGAACGUGUUGGCAUAUAUGAACUAUCACAUCACUGCAAAGCCUCAGUGACCCAGAGCUGGCAGAGAGAGCAGAGGUCUGGGAACAGACAAUGGAAAUUGUUUCUUUUUUGGUCUGCUGUUUGUAUUGCCUGUGGAGGUGGGGGGGCGUGUUGUCUACCUAUAAGCUACAACUUAAACUGUACGUGAUGCUACACUGAUGUAUUUCUGUUUGCUGAUGACUCUCUUGUGUUUUUAACGGCAUUAACUCACACCCCCUCCUCCAAUCACUAUCUGUCAUACCCAUUUAGAUGAAGAAUAUAUCUUUCCAUUGAGUCACUAUGUGUGCUUGGUAGCCCAAUGGUGGACCUGAAAUGAGCUUAUGUAUUGUCUGUUUACCGGUACAGUUUGGCCCAAUCACUGCACAACCAGACACUUAUAGACAUUGGCUUUUGUCUGACUGGGGGCCCAACAGGCCCCGAGGUGACAUGGCUCUGGAUUAACCCAUGGGACUUCCCCGAAUGGACUAGAGUUCAUUAUGAAAUGACUAUAGAGGAAACACACUCAAUUUGUUCAAUACAGUCGAAGAGUGACACAUGGAUUGAGUGUAUUUUUUAAGGGAAGAUUAUGUUUGUCUUCGGGUAAAACAUUGAGAAUUUCUCAGCAUUAUGCAUUACAUUCUUCGAUGAAAGUUCAACUUUUUCAAAGUUUUAUGUACAAUUAUUUUAAUUUUCCUCUAGGGACUGUCUACACUACUGUGUGUAGACAGGCUGCACCACCUCAUCAAGGUUUCCGUCAGCUGCUCUCUCUCUCCCUAUCUCCGUCUCCCUCUAUCUCUGAAUAGCUAUAUGGAAACUGGAAGAUAAAACUGUUGAUGCCACAAACGGCCAACAGAUGGCAGUACAUAACAAUAAAUGUUUUGCAUAGCGUGCUUUGGAGGCCUAAAUUAAGAGUGAGGGGGAAAAGGUGUUACAAUUGUGGUCUUAUCAAAAUGCCAGCUCUUUGGUAGUGGCAGCUGUGGACUCCAAUAGUUGAAUGUUUUAUAUGCAGUGAUAAUAUGUUGUGGGCCUAUCAAAUUAAAUACAUAAAAUAUUUAUGUUGUUGUUUAUGUCAUUUAUUCGGGAGUUUUUUUUUUCUUUGUAAGUAGAAAACAUUUAAUCAAUUGAGGCAGUGGGAUAGAAAAAUAGAAUCCUAUAAUAAGUACAAAAACGUCUGUUAGAAGAAACCAUACAUAUUAGAUGAAUGUGACAUUGCUCAACAGAGACGAUGCACAGAGGAGCGGGAGGCGGGGCCAUCUUGUCUCAUCUGCGGCCCAGCGUGAUGUCGUAGCUGGUCAUGUGGUGGUUGUCCCAGGCAAACAGCUUCCUCUGGGCGUGGUUGUAGUCCACCAUGCUGUUGUAGCGGUACUUGUUCCUGAAGGGCACUGCGAUGGCGCGGCCCAGGCCCGUGGUGGUGUCGUACACGUGGUUGAGGGUGGUGUUGGUCACGCUGUAGCUGGCCACCGUGUACAGCCGCCCGCACGCCAUGAAGGCGUUGGCCACCGUGUUCUUGCGCACGCCGGUGGUCCAGCUCCGCCUCACCGCCAGGCUCUGGGGGUCCAGCUGGGAGACCACGAUGGCGCCCAUGGCCCUGGGGGUGCUGUAGAUGGCCCAGAGGCCCAGCUCGUCGGCCGCCAGGUCGAUGUCCGUGUAGCCGCCCCAGGAGUAGGGGUUCUGGCCGUGGAAGCCGGCGUGGGGCAGGUCCCGGCGGGCCGCCAGGGUCUCGGAGGCCAGGUCGUAGCGCAGGAGGGUGCGGCUGCGGCGGCGCUGGUAGUAGAGCGCGCCGCGGUACAGCGUGGCGCCCGUGCUCUCCAUGGGCUCAGGGAGCACCAGCACCUUGAGGGGGAAGCCCCGCGAGAACUGCUCGGCGUCCUCGUAGGCGAACAGCUGCCGCACGUCCUUGCCCACGGUGUCGAUGCGCCACACCGUCCGGUUGGUGUACAGGGGCCCCUGGGCGGGCCCCUGGGGGGGCUCGGGGUCCUGGAACCACACGCCGUACUUCCCUGUGAUGCUGUCGGCCUUUCGGUGGAGCAGCGGCUCUCCCACUGACACCAGCUCCCCACAGCCUGGGGCCAGGUUAGGGAGAGGAGAGGGGGAGGAGGGACGAGGCCGGCACCUCGGUCACCUCCGCCUUCAUCUCCUGGUAGCUGCUGUCAGGAACCCUCAGGGCAGCUUCUGAAAAAAGACGGAGAAAGAUCAUUUGGAUGAAUUUUAUAAACUGCAGUACCAACAUUUAUUUAUUUUAAACUAGGUUAAACAUAUUGCAUGAUACUGAGAUCGCUAAAAUAGUAAAUCAACUGAGAGGCAGUUUCAAUCUCAGGUUUCAGUCCGACACAGGAUAGACAUUUUGCUUUACUCAUAUCUGAUCUGAGGCACAUGACCAAGCCCUAAAAUAGGUAGCUGACUGUUAAUAUCUUAAAGAUACUGUGUUGUCAAUUCUCACACCCCCUCACCCCACAACUCCCUCUUGUACCCCCGAAGACUAUUUCUGUAUUUUAGCCUCUACCCUGCACAUCUUGUGCAGCAAUAUACACACUACACCUUCCACCAUCAACUUGUACUCCUUCAACCAUCAACUUGUAAUAUUUCACAAUAAACAACAAACUUUGUGCUAAUUGAAUAAAUCAAGUGUUGCAAGACAAAAUAUUUGACAAGAUAAGAUAAGACAAACACGAUAACAGCCCUCCUCUGUGUCUGAGACGUAUCCAGACAUGGUGGCUCUAGGAGGUAACAGCGACCGGAGGUUAGUUUGGGAGCACUUGUUUCUGGGGGCCCUGGUACGUACUGCCAGAGGGUCCGUGGUCCGCCUGGUCCGGCGGGCAGGGCUUCUGUCUCAGGGUCUCCGCCUCCGCCCCCAGCUGCUCCACAAGCCUCAGCAGCUCCUGCACCCGGCCGUUCAGCUGCUCCUUGUCCCUCUGCAGCUGGUUCUUCUCGCCCUGGGGGGGGACCUGCUCACUGCCGUCGGCCCUGGGCCCCGUUCUGCUGGUUCCACCGCCCCUCUGCCCCCCCACCAGGCGGCUGACCAGGGCCUCCAGCAGGCCCAGCCUGGACAGGACGCCCUCCAUCUGGUCGGCGGCGGCGGCGUGGGGGCAGCCCGUGGGCUCGGCCGGGGCGGCCACGGUGAAGGUGUACUGGCAGCGGCCGUCGCGGGGGUUGAUGGAGCGACCGAGGGAGGCUCCACGCUCCGCGUCCUGGCCGUAGCUCGUCAGAACGAAGGAGGACAGGAACACGGUGACGGACAGCUGGAGCCACAUGGCAGUGAGGCAGGGGCUGAGGAGGAGGUGUCUUCUGGGGUAUCAGUGGGAACGAGGCCGUUUCCUUCUCCACUACCGUCUGUCCACCUUCUGCAGGUACAAAGAUGACCCCUCUUUGGUCCUGGGGACUGUUGUGGCUGUUGUUGUUGUUGCCUCGUGUGUUGUGUGCUUGUCAGUUGAGCCUCCGUCUCAUCUGAAGCACCUCUAGUGCGGGCGGGUCAGUGGCUGUAUGUCAACACUGGCGAUGGAGGGAUAUUUAUACUGUCUUCCAGAGAGGGUGGGCGUGGCAGGAGGUGGAUGACUGGGUCUGAAGGGGAUAGGACUAGGGGCCCCAGCCAGCAGAGUGGACGGGUACAGACAAACAGACAGAGCGUCCAGGUACAUGUCAGACAGUUGACCCAUCUCAUGGAAAAACCCAAUGUUGUGUUUGUUUUGUUCAACCCCCCGUUCCCCCCCGUUAUUUUAUUGUCUCGCCGCUGCGGAAUGUCUACAGAGGUGGUUUUGUUUUGACGGCGGGUCUUUAAGUGUGUACCCUCGCGCUUCCUUCCUCCACUACCCAUCGUCAUUAGCUAAUGACUCCGGCAUGUGUUCCACGUUAGACUAAUCCGUCUAGGAAUGCUUAUAAUGCCGUCACUUUAUGAUGUUCCCCCUUCUACGAUUUCAAUGUGUUUUGCCUCUCCUGUUUGAGUCCCUCAUCAACAGGCAACCACAGAAGAAUCCUCUGUGGCAAAUAUUGUCCCUUGUGCUCUACAGCAAGGCAUCCUCGCUAGUUUACCAACACACACGUCGACACACACACACCUACGGGUGUGGUGUGUUGGUCAUCCCCUGCUGUUGGACCAUCUGUGCUGCAGGGGGGCCUGGCUGACGGCAGGAUGUGGUGCCACGGAGCAUGUCUUUCACAUAUUCUUACCAUAUUUACCAUUGUUUCAAUUCUAUCAUUGUGCCAACUGUAUCACAGCAUCAACCCCUUCCAUUUAGUUUGACUUGUUUGUUGCCAUAACGAUAAUGAAUGUGGUACUGGAUAGGUUAACGUGGGUAACUGGUCCAUGUUGUAGAGUAACCUGGCAGGGCAGGGGUUUUGGCUGCCAAAACACGCACAUGUGCCUCUGCACAUGUCUAGGUUGCAAUUGGUCGUUGUUAUUCAACCCCUAAGCUGUCUGUUCCUAAGUUAUGUAACGUUAUGACUCUGACAUCAUGGCUCUGACUCCCUCUGUGGACCCCUUAAUGUGGACUCAUUCGGACUGAGGACCCAUGGGGCCACUCUGGGCCACUAGCGACAACUUCUCCUUCCCGAAUGUCUUUUAAUCUAGGAAUGCAUGUAAUGGUGAUGGAUCCUCCAUAUUUUUGACAUUGUCUGCUACAGAAUUCAAGCACAGUCUUCAACAGUGCCUCAGUGCGAUUGGUCUUUUGGAUGUAUCAAUCAAAGCAUUUUUGGUUUAAGUGCAUUCAUAUUUGUGAUAUUAUCAGAUAUUGAGUGGGACAACAGAGUAUUCAUGUUUGGCAAAAAACAACAAAAUUGACGAACCUUAAAAAAGAUCCUUGACGGUUGUUUUUAACAGUUUUAUCCAAAGGGGGGAUGUUUAACUGCCAAUUGUUUGAAAAAAAUGGAACAAUAUUCUGCAACAGGAAAGUCUCUGAGAAGGGUUGGCCAUCGUAAUGGCAGAAGGAAAGCUAAGAUGAAAAUAUACGAUUUGAAAUUUGAAUAAAUUGUGUAUGCAGUAUACUGAGUGUAUUGUACACAGUGUGGCAGCAUACCUUUUGGAUGAAGAGAAGCAAUAAAUUAACCAACAUGUUCAAAUGCAACGUAUGCAGGUCAUCUCUCUCAGGCCCCAGACGUACAUUUCCAGGUGCCACACAUGGAAUGAGGGGUAUUUAAAGUAGUUGAUGUAUGAGGUGAGGCAGACGCCACACAGUCGGCCCACUAAACUUUCACAACAUAGUUUCAAUGAAUCACAGCCUGUAGAGCUUAUAGAGCAGCUUAUAGAGAAGCCUACAGUGCAUAUAGAGAAGCCAAUAGAGCAGACCAUA